UUGCAAUAAGAAAAUAAUUCGCUCGAAAAAGGACGCAGUAUCAACGUUGUUCUGCAAUUUACCAUCCUGUGAGAAUUGUACGCAUACCUUUAUAAGGGGUGUUCGACGAGAAGACGAGUCGCAGUUGAUUGAUCGACUUCUCUUCGAUGGUGCCCCGUGGUAUGGAUCCGUGGGGAUUAUCUCGAAUGGAUCCUUUCUCUCGUUGGGGAGAACCGUCCAUGUCUUCGGUCUUGUCACCGGAUGUCUACAUCAUGCCCACGGUCAUGAAGAGGCGCCAGCAGCAGAACAGGGAAGUCAUUAGUGACCAAGAUAAGUAUCAGGUGACCCUGAAUCUUGGUGACUUCAAAUCCAACGAGAUCAACGUUAAAGUAGUUGAUAGGGCGUUAGACAUUUGUGCCGAGCACAAGGAGAAGCCAGAUGAAACUGGCCAUAUCUCUCGUAAUAUAAGACGCCGUUACAUGCUUCCUCGUAAUGUGGAUUUUGAAAAUCUGAACGCCACUUUGUCGGAUAAUGGAACUUUGGUGGUGUGUGCCACAAAGAAGCCGAUAGAACCGGGAAAUGAGCGAAAAAUCGAAGUCAAGCAGCUGCCACCACAAUCGCAGCAGCCACAGCAGACAGCUCCUGUGACCCAGAAAACUGAGCAAGAAACUGGUAAAGGAUCCAUUAACAUUCCAGUUAGCCAUGAAUAGGUUAAGAUGAUAGAAGUGUGGAGCUAAAACAUCAAAAGCUCAUCGAUGUUCAGCAUGUUUCUUUAGCAUGUUUCUUUUUUAUGUGUGUAUUUCUGCUGAAUGAAAGAUUGUAAAAUUAACCUUUUGAGGGUUAUUGUUUUGUUACUUGAGAAAGCAUUGUUGGAACUUUCGUGAUCAUGUUUAAUAAACAAGAAUACGGUUGUCUAAUUAAA